CACACAAACACGCCGUGCUGCUGCUGCUGCUGCUUUUAUCGUCCUUUUCUCUGCGCUCUCCUCAAGCUCUGCCAGUGGUCCCUGUCCUUUUCAUCAGGGCACAGCUGCACGAGCCCAGUGCCACGUCAGGGCAGUGACAGUUUGUUAAAAUAUAUCUCAGGGCAGAGAUUUUAUUGAGAAACAGGAUGUUUGGAACAAAACGUGGAGAUUGGCUGUGUAAAUGCUCCAAGUGCAGGGCUUCAACCCCAUUUCCAGCUCCUCCUAGAUGGUUCAGGUGGUUCCCCAGGCCCAUCUCGGUGUCACCCUGCUGCAGAGGGGUGGUUCAGGUGGUUCCCCAGGCCCAUCUCGGUGUCACCCUGUACAAGAGGGGUGGUUCAGGUGGUUCCCCAGACCCAUCUCGGUGUCACCCUGCUACAGAGGGGUGGUUCAGGUGGUUCCCCAGGCCCAUCUCAGUGUCACCCUGCUGCAGAGGGGUGGUUCAGGUGGUUCACCAGACCCAUCUCGCUGUCACCCUGUACAAGAGGGGUGGUUCAGGUGGUUCCCCAGGCCCAUCUCGGUGUCACCCUGUACAAGGAACGUGGUUCAGGUGGUUCCCCAGGCCCAUCUCGGUGUCACCCUGUACAAGAGGGGUGGUUCAGGUGGUUCCCCAGGCCCAUCUCAGUGUCACCCUGUACAAGAGGGGUGGUUCAGGUGGUUCCCCAGGCCCAUCUCGGUGUCACCCUGUACAGGAGGGGUGGUUCAGGUGGUUCCUCAGGCCCAUCUCAGUGUCACCCUGUACAAGAGGGAUGGUUCAGGUGGUUCCCCAGGCCCAUCUCGGUGUCACCCUGCUGCACAGGGGUGGUUCAGGUGGUUCCCCAGGCCCAUCUCGGUGUCACCCUGUACAAGGAAGGUGGUUCAGGUGGUUCCCCAGGCCCAUCUCGGUGUCACCCUGCUACAGAGGGGUGGUUCAGGUGGUUCCCCAGGCCCAUCUCGGUGUCACCCUGUACAAGGGAGGUGGUUCAGGUGGUUCCCCAGGCCCAUCUCGGUGUCACCCUGUACAAGAGGGGUGGUUCAGGUGGUUCCCCAGGCCCAUCUCAGUGUCACCCUGUACAGGAGGGGUGGUUCAGGUGGUUCCCCAGGCCCAUCUCGGUGUCACCCUGCUACAGAGGGGUGGUUCAGGUGGUUCCCCAGGCCCAUCUCGAUGUCACCCUGCUACAGAGGGAUGGAUCAGGUGGUUCCCCAGGCCCAUCUCGGUGUCACCCUGUACAAGAGGGGUGGUUCAGGUGGUUCCCUUCCCUAGGUAGGAACAGAUAUUGUCCUUUGAGCAAUUUACGUCAAGUUACGUAAAACUUCGAAUUUUAAAUUGUCCUGUUUGGCAUUUAGUUUUACAAAAGCAAGGUGAAAAUUCUGAUUGUCACCCACAGAAAUAUUUCUGGUUUGUGGUUUUGGUUGUGUUUCUUUUCC